AAUCUAGAGUUAACAUCUUUAUCCAGGAGAAUAUUACAAAAAAAGGUACUUUCGAACGGAGUAAAUGUUAAACGUAAAGAGUUAAUUAAAUCUGGCAGAUCUCGAAGUACAGUUUACAAGUAAAAAUAAUAUUUUAAUAAAAAAAAGUUUAAUUUAACGUUAAUAAAAUAAUUUAAAGAUAAUGCCUUCCCAAACAGAAAGACCCAUGGAAGGAAAAGAGGUUAUGAAAGAGGUACUACAAAAUUUCAUGUAUUAUUUACAUAAUCAACAAUAUAAUGCAAAAGAAAAACCUAGGGUGAAAACUACCGAUCAGCCACUGACAAUAAAAUCAUCUACUUUGUCUUCAUCUAGUACCGUUUCGUCUUAUAUGAAUUAUCGAAAACAAGUGGACAACAAUUUGACUGAAAUCACUACCAACAUCAGCCAAAUGAUAAUCGAUACGUUCAAAGGAAUCGACAGUAUUUGUUCUAAAGUUAGGGAAUGUGUCUCCGAUUUCAAUUCUUCAAGAUCAAAGAUUCUUCUUAAAGCCAACAUCGAAAUAGAAAAGAAUAAUGACCAAAACGAUCAUUAUACCGAAGAUGAUGAAGAAGAAAUUAACGAAAGUGUUUUAGAAAGUAUUCACGAAGAAUUGGAAAUUAGCACAAAAGAGCCUAACGAAUCCACGAAUUCAGAACCAGCUACUCCCUCAGAUUCCGGUUCAGCAUAUGUAAUAGAGAGCUUGGCAUUCAUUACCUCAAACGAGACAGUCAAAGAACAAGAACCAGAUAUUUUGAAGACGAACAACUCUCCGAAAGAGGAACCAAAAACUUGCUUGCCGACGUUUAUCACAGUUGUUGGGGAUGGUAAUGUAAAAACAGAUAAAACAUCGAAUCCAAUACCCCAAUCUCCAAAUAGUAAAGUGAGAAGAAAAUCACGAAAGAAUAAAAGAAAGACGCUAAUGGACAACCUAAAAGAAGCUCUACAACUAGACGUCGACAACACAGACCUGAAUUCUUUGCAAACGUUGAUAGAAAACGUAACGCAGGAAAUAGAUAUGCUGUGCAAUCAAUCGGCAGAUAAAUCGAAAAAAGUGGAAAACGGUAUCGAAAAGAAUGCCUCCAAAAAUCAAGAAGAAGACGCGACAUCACCUACGGAAGCAAAAGCAAAAACUCCGUUACAGAUCCCUGAAGUGUACCAUCGACCGGGGGUUACUAACAUUCACAAGAGGCUUCUCAACCAACUGGAGGCCAACGAUAGUUUCGCUGCCUUCCAAAAGUUAAUGCGUAGAACCAAAGACCGUAAAGAUAGUAGUUGUAGAUGUCCCGUUUCUCGCAUUAACCUUCCUAUUUUGUCCACUACUUCUUCACUUUCGUCACAUAAAACCAGAUGCAGUACAAAGAUUCUGAGCAGAAGUUCUAUAAAAAGUAUUGGCAAACGAAUAAAAGAAGACGAGAGUAAUAAAAGAAAACACAAAGUUAGAUAUACCGACAGUCUGUGGUUUAAUGAAAAGAAAACGCACAAAGGAGAACGAGGACAAAAGAAAAGCGGACAUCAUACAAAAGACAGAUAUAAGCUUGGAGCACCUAUGGCUCGUCUUUCAUCGAGGAAUAAACCUACAAGAAAAUCGGCCACGAAUGUUCUUCAAAAAGCUCCGAAGUCACAAACAGCUUGUGGUUGUUCGGUGACUGUUUCAAAUGAAAGACCGGUUAUUAAUCAUAACAGAAUGCAUUUACAUAUCCCAAGAGGGAACAAUCGCCACCGAAAAUUGACACAUGUAGAUAUCUUGGAUGAUCUGACAAAUAGAGAUCUGCUGCCCCUCCGAGCAGAGUACCCGAGAAGAGAUCAUUUAUACGUAAGCGAUGUAGACACUUUUAAAGAUGUCCACGAUUCCUAUUUGUACAAAAUCAUGUACGGAACCAAAGAUAAAAGUGUCAUUCACAGUGUUUGGAACCAACUAUUGCACCCUACCACAGAUUGUGACGAAUGGAACAAGAAUAAGAGUAGGCACGACAAGGAUCACGAAAAACUGGCAAAGAAGAUGAAGGUGUCGAAUGAACAAUGCAGACCUAAGUCGAAUGAACAAUGCAGGCCUAAGUCGAAUGAACAAUGCAGGCCUAAGUCGAAUGAUAAAUCAACUAGUGUAAAAUCCAGGAGGAAAAAAGCAAUCCAGGCUCUAGCUCCGUAUCUCUUCGACCCCCAAUUGGACCGAAGAAAAAUGGCACAACCUCUGAUCGUAAUGCAAGUGCAUGUGUUUUACGACAAAGAUCAGACCAUAACGAUGGAGUAUCCUGGAAAUAUAAACAACUAUAACAGCAAAUUGACACCUGUUCGAAGACCUUCACCGACAGUAACGCUGCCGUUGACACCGAUGAAGGAGAUCCAAGUAAGCAGGGGCAAGUGGACAAGCGCAGGAGGCAAGAGACAACCAGGUAAACCGAAAUCUCCACCAUCAUUUUACAUCCAACCCAUAUUUAACAAAACUGUAGCAACUAGACAUAGUGCACGAACAACUCGCAAAGAAAAAAUUGAAUGGUCGAGGAAGUACGAUAGUCUUCAAAAAAACGAAAACGACACAAAUGAUUCGAAAGCAUUGUUUCCCUCACCCAACAUGAAUUCGAAAUGUAACCAGCAUAUGGACAACAAAUUCAUGAGAAAUCCACUAGAUGCUAACAAAAUGACCAAAAGCCCGUCACAGACAAAGAAUUUUAUUUAUUCGAUUUAUAGGAAUAAUUCGCAAAAUAACAUACAAUACCAAUUAAAAAUGGGCAACACAAGUGAACGAAAUAUAAGCCAGUUGCUAACACCAAGUCCCAAACAACCAAACAAUCUCGAGGGAAGAGAGCCAACAUUUGGGACCCAUUUCAACAUAACAACAAAAAUGAAACGUUUGAAUGCGAAGAAAAAUAUUAAGGUAUCGAGAAGUCCAACAGAAAAACCUAAUUCCCCGAAUGGACCCUCUCCCGUUACCAGACACAAAAACAUGUUAGUGAAUCUCAAAGGCCUCAAACAAAAAAAUGACCAGAUCCAGAAUAACAUCCAAAAAGCCAUCGACGUGGUCGAAUCCAAAAUGGUGGACAUGUUUUCGAAUUCUGGUGUGUUUAGGAACGCAAACGCCUUAGACGACAUGCAGAAAGAGAUUUCUAGUGUGCUGAAUUCGAUGAAAUUCACAGAUGGGAGGAGUUCGAAGUAUAGGAGGGUGGUGCAGUUGAGUCCCGUAAGGGAACAAAGUCCAGAAUCACAGGGAUCUAAAAGGGUGUUCUUUGAUCCUCCAGAAAGAGAAAAACCACCAGGGGAUUCGAUAGAAGAACAACCGUUAGAGAUAUUGAAGACGAAACCAGAUUCCGAUAGAUCAAAACACGAAAAUUUCGUUAAUGAGUUUAAUGCUAUAUCUAGCGAUGUCUUUAAGAAGCUCGAGAAAAUAUUAGAAUCUAAUACACUAAACGAAACAUCUAGGUGUGACAUGGAUAUUAAUAGAAAACGUAAAAAUAGUUCUAAAAGACGUGCAGAUAGUUUACAAUCAGCAUCAGACAACACAUUAUCUUCGGACGAUAAUUAUCACAGACAUCCUAAAAAAUACCGCCCCAAAGAAAAUAUAAAGAUUAACAUGUCCAAAACCGUUUCUUCGCCAGUAAAAAUCCCUUCGAAGGAACGAAAUACACCAGGAGUUUUGAAAAGAACCGAUAAAAACCAAAUUCCCGUUUGUUAUUUCAAUCUUUCUAGUAGUCCACAUUUACUGGAAAAACGAAAAGAAUCUUGUACACAUCUAGCAAGUUCUUCGCAUUUGCUUAAAAGUAAAAGUAGCUGCCUGAAUAUUAAAAGGUUUGAAAGUAAAAGCCAACUUUCAGAAAUAUCUGUAUCCGAAACCAGGGUGAAUGAGCAACAGUCACAAGACAGUUUGGAAGAAAAACUAUCAACUGUUGCAAAAGAUAAAGAACCUGAAGAAGACGAAGAACAUCGAAUUAAUACGAAUCAAAAUAAACCAGCAGAAACCAUUGUUUUAGCUGACAAAUUAUCUGACGUUAAAGAAAACUUGGUUGCUGAAGAAAAAAACAAGGCAAAAGAGGAAGCAACUGAAGAAAAUAUCGUAGAACAAGCAAAAAAGAACGACGUUUAUGAUUAUUUAGAAGAUCAAGUUAAUAAAAUAAUUUGUCGAGUUGAAGAUAUUUAUAGCCAACUAGAUGAAAUGCAAUCUCCGCCUGAGGAAACUACACCAACAGCCAUACCAGUAUUUAGAGACGAAUCUCCAAGAGCCAAAGCAAUUCCAAGUGAAGAUUACCUUACGCCCUUCAUGCAAGCUGUUAAAAACUCCAGAUCCAAAACCAAAACAACAGAGCCACUACCUUCACCGACUUUGGAACGAAGACCUUCAUAUUACAACGUUUUAACUUUUUUAAACACACUGAGUGAUAUUCAAAUUGAUAAGGCUAUUGAGGUACACAAAGCCAUUUUGGUUAAUUACGCCUAUAGCGUCAGCAUAGCCACAACUGUACAUAUUGUAAAUAUUACAUAUUAUGCUUCUUUAAGUUAUAGUACAGUAAAUACUCACUGUAAAGAAGUACUGGAGAAGCCUGGUUGUCUUAAGAAGUCUAAGAAGGAAAUGAGUAAAGUAAAACCAAAAAAAGUAUCGUUUUUGGUGAUGAAUCAAACAAGCAGUUUUCCGGUAACAAAAAUUAAUAUAGUGAACAAUAAAACUGAAGAAGUUCCACAGGAAACACAGUUAAAUCAGGGCGAUCACAUAACAAACUCUGAAAACACCAAACCAGUCGUCGUUUGUGAAAAGUUGCAAACAUCUGAUACCAGCACAGAAUUGAGUACAGUUACAGACUCUAUAACAGAAGAAGAGCUUCAAGUAACACAACUGAGCCCGACUGGAACUAAAUCCACGCAAAUUCAAGAUUUAGAAAAAAGUUCUUCGAGUGAUGCUAUGGUAACUGCCACUGACAAGAUAAGUGAAGACUCUUCUGACUUGUCUUUUAUGUCUGUGGAAGCAAUGCCUGCUAUUAAAGUGUUUUAUAACGAACCUUACGACAUACCAACAGUGUUUUCAAACAACGGACACUUGGAGAAUUGUACGAAAGUGUGUACCCGCACAAGUGCACAAAAUGAAACGAUACAAAAAAUAGUUAUUUUUAGAGAGGUAGGUGAUGUAGGCAAGUUGUUAAAUUCGACGAAUUUGGAAAAGUUGACGAAGAAAUCGUUUAUGCCAAGCAACCAAAUCGUACUUAAAAGAGAAGUUUCUAACGAUGGCAACACUGUUUUAUUAAAAUCGUUCUAUGCCAUCGUUUAUCUGCUCGUCUUUACCGCCUUGAACAUGGAAUAUAAAUGUCAUUGACGAACAUCUGUAUUUUGUUUGAUUAUUGAAAUAAAAUUAGAUCUCAGUGUA